AUGGUCAAACCCAAGCAAGUCGGACAUCUCGUCAUCAACGUUUCGGACGUAGCGGCUUCCACCAAGUUCUACACCGAGAUCCUCGGCUUCGAUAUCGCCGUCCAGCGGCCCACCGCCACGUUCCUGACCUGCGGCGAAAUCCAUCACGACCUCGCCUUGUUCCAGGCCGACGAGGCCUCUCCGGAGACGCGCAAGGGCAACAUUGGCUUGAACCAUUUCGCGGUUCAGGUCGAGGAUCAUGACUCCCUGCGUGACCUGUAUCACACGCUGCUGGAGCACGAUGUCAAGGUUGAUCGCACCACCGACCACGGCAUGACCGGGAGCGUUUAUUUCGAGGACCCGGACGGCAAUGGCAUCGAGUUCUACUACGACAAGUUUGAGACUCCCGAAGAAGGUCUGGCGGAGAUGCGGCGAGAAGGCCGCGAGAACACGGUUCUAGUCCUCGACUAG